AUGGCCACUCAAAUGAGCAAAAAACGAAAGUUUGUGGCAGAUGGAGUGUUUUUUGCUGAGCUGAAUGAGGUGCUAACGAGAGAGCUGGCGGAGGAUGGUUACUCAGGGGUGGAGGUGAGAGUCACUCCCAUGCGCACCGAGAUCAUCAUAAGGGCCACUCGAACUCAAAAUGUUCUUGGUGAAAAGGGGAGGAGGAUUAGAGAGUUGACAUCUGUUGUUCAGAAGAGGUUCAAGUUUCCUGAGAACAGUGUGGAGCUUUAUGCCGAAAGAGUUAACAACAGGGGCUUAUGUGCUAUUGCCCAGGCUGAGUCACUACGCUAUAAACUUCUUGGAGGGCUUGCCGUUCGCAGGGCCUGCUAUGGCGUUUUACGAUUUGUUAUGGAGAACGGAGCAAAGGGGUGUGAGGUUAUUGUUAGUGGAAAGCUUAGAGCUCAACGUGCAAAAUCAAUGAAGUUCAAGGAUGGCUACAUGAUAUCCUCGGGCCAGCCUGUGAAAGAGUACAUCGACUCUGCUGUGAGGCACGUUCUUCUUAGACAGGGCGUUCUUGGUAUCAAAGUGAAGAUCAUGCUUGAAUGGGACCCGAAAGGCAAGCAGGGUCCGGUUAAACCCUUACCUGACCUUGUCACGAUCCAUCCACCUAAGGAGGAGGAGCUAUACAUCCCUCCUGCUCUAGCUUCAACAGAUGUAGAGAUUCCAGUGGCAUAA